AUGCCUCGUAAUAGAAUAUCGGAUAAUAUUGAAGGUAUUGUCAAAUAUCUUUUGACGAAAAAGUAUUCAUAUUCUGUGAUCCAAGAAGAAUUAUCGGAAAUGAAUUUAAAUGUAUCAAGAAGUACCAUCAGUCGUAUUGCUAACCAGGUCGAAAAACAACGCCAAGCAGGCUUAUUAAAUAGUCAAAAACCAAAAUAUUAUCGUCGACGUCAUGUAGCAACACCUGCAGUUGUACGUCGUAUUACAUCUUAUAUUAAUAAAGAAAAUCCUUCAACAAUUUCUUUAAUGGCUGCAAGGUGUCAUAUCGGUGUUGGUACUACAUUUCGUAUCAUUCGUGAUGUUAUUCACGCAAAAUGUCGCAAGAAAAGACCGGUGCAUCGGUUAUAUCUAGCUGUUAUUGAAAAAAGACGAUCUCGAGCUUGGCGUAUGUAUCGACGAUUAUGCUACGGUAGAUACAAAAAUUAUGUGACUACUGAUGAAGCAUGGUUUUACCUCGACUCAAGCCAAGGUGUCAGAGAUAUAUAUUAUGUUAGAAGUAAUGAAAUACCAGAAGAAGUUAAAAAAAUCGAACGAAAUGAUUUACAUCCUGUUGCUGUGCUUGUUUAG